UUCAACAAACACAGCAUCCGAUCACCUAGGUAGAAGGUUUUUUUGUCUUUGAGCCGACGCCAAGAACCAAACACACACACAAAGAUGGCAAAGAUCCUAUUUGGAGUUAUUGCAGUUGUUGCAUCUUUAAUGCUGGCGGAGUCCCUAACCUGCAACCAAUGCAACUAUGGUCUGUUGGGCUUCUGCUUAAGCACUUCUACAGUGACCUGCAGCAACACCAGCGUCUGCUUUACUGGGAAAGCAACUUUCACAGGAUUGACCUCUGUGGGCUUCAACACCCAGGGCUGCCUUCAAUCCACCAGCUGCAACGUGACCAACAACGGCAGCCUGCUGGGUGUCUCCUACACGACCCAAACCACCUGCUGCUCAACAGACAAGUGCAACCCAGUUACAAUCAGCGGAGCUCCAUCCACCAAGAUGACCCUGACCGCUGCCAUUGGUGUAGCCGUCCUGGCCUCCAUGUGGGGAAGCAUACUGUAAUCUGCUAAUGCUAAAUCAUCAUAAGCAGCUCGCUGCUUCCAGCUGCUCCUGAAACCCAUUCAUAUGAUUCAUUAUACCAAUCAGGGCUUUACAAGACCAAAAGAACCAUCAAAAAUAAACAAUUUGACCUUAUGAGUUUAUAAGUAUGACUAUUCAUGCUCACAUUCUGUGAAACUAUUUGUCACACUAGACUAAGGUCAUGUCAGGGUUAAUUUCUAGAAUGGCAAGUUAUAUAAAAGCCAAAACUAAGGUGUCCACAACAUGGUAGUUGAGCAAUGGGAUGUUUCAGGAAAACAUUGAGUUUGUAAAUCUACCUUGUUUAGCUUUGUUUUUUUUAAAAUCAUAUUGUAUUUAUCCUUUUAACUACUUUCUGUCUUACUAGACAAACAUUGAUGUGAAAAUAAAGACAAACAUUGAAAAAUGU